CUUUAGAAGAAGACACAAUGAAUAUCAACGCCCCACCCCCCCUUGUGAAACUGACAAGACAGAGGCUACUGAGGGAUGAGUACUUAGCCAUUUCUGCUCUCAAGGACCUGCCCAUUGAGCUGUUCCCAGUAAUGUUUGAGGAGGCCUUCACUGGUGGACAUACAAGGAUCUUGACUGCCAUGAUACCUGUGUGGCCCUUCCCAUACCUUUCUGUAGGAAUGCUGAUAAAGAAUUACAACCUGGAGACUUUGAAGGCUAUGCUUGAGGGAUUAGAUAUACUGCUUGCACAAAAGGUUUGCUCCAGUAGAUGCAAACUCAGAGUGCUCAACUUAAGGAAUGCAUACCCUACUUUGUGGGGGAUAUGGGGUGGAUCCUAUGAAAGUAAAGGUUUACCAGAGUUCAUGACACAGAAGCAGCCAGUGGAGAACAGUCCUGACUGUGAGGUGAAGAAAGAAUUGAAGGUGACAACUGACCUCAAACUUGUGGAAGGUGGACUUGAUGAAUCGGCCACAUACUUGUUGCAGUGGGCCCAGCAGAGAAAAGAUUCCAUUCAUCUGUGCUGUACGAUGUUGAGAAUUCAUGGCUUACCCAAAGCCAUAUUCAGAGAAAUCUUCAAAAUUGUAAAUACAGGCUGUAUACAGGAGCUUCACUUGAGUUUUUUGUGCACAGAAGAGUUGGUUUUCCUUAAUCCUUACCUGAGACAGAUGAACAAUCUUCUUACACUCAUGCUAAAUAGCAACAGAGAAACCUUCAGUAUGGAUGACUCUAUAGGCCUUGAUGAAGAAAAUAUGAGCAGGUUGAUUUCUCAACUUCCCACAUUCCACUGUCUCCAGAAUCUCUAUAUAAAUAAUCUCUUCUUUCUAGAAAACAACCUGAAAGAAUGUCUCAGGUGCCUGGGGAAGCCCUUGGAGACGCUUGGCAUCACUUCUUGUGACCUCUCACAGUCAGACUUGGAUUACCUGCCCUAUUGCCUGAAUAUUUCUGAACUCAAACGUCUGAACCUGACUGCUACAAGUUUGUACAGUUUAGUCCUUGAUCCUCUUGGAUUUCUCCUUGAGAGUAUUAGAGAUACACUGCAAUCCCUGGAAUUGGAGUCAUGUUCUAUGAAGGACUCUGAUAUCAGUGCCAUUUUGCCUGCCCUAAGCCAAUGUUCCCAUCUCACAAAGGUCAAUUUCUAUAAUAAUGAACUCUCUCUGCCUAUCCUGAAACAACUUCUACACCACACAGCCAAACUGAGCCAGCUGACCUAUGAGGUACACCCUUCCCCUCUAGAGUGCUAUGAUGCCAUGAAUAUAAUACUAACAUAUAGAUUAGAAAAUUUUUGUCCUGAGCUUCUGGACAAAAGGCAGCCAAAUCAGGGCCAAAAGGCAGCCCAAGAGAGUCACAUUUGCUACAACCCAAUGCUUAAACUGUUGUGGGUCCUACGUUUAUGAUCUGGAGACCCAAUGUUGCCUAUACCAGAAAGAACUACUGAAAGGUUGAUUAUGGAACACAGAGAUGAAAGCCGAGUAUUAGAGAUGUUCAAAAUCCUAAGUCACUGUCCAUUGCUGAUAGGAGCAUGGAUAUGUCAAGCACCUAAAUGUCUGAGACACGUUGGAAGGGCAAGAUCUUCCUCUGAGCAAGAGAAUGGAUGUUGCAUCUUCAAAAAGUGUCAAGCACUCUUUUCUUCUAUAGUACUAUUGUAGUUUGAGUGUGUCAUAAAAGGGGCACCCUUCCCUGAGAAGAUUGUCCCCCUCUGUUAAGUGCAUACAAUAAAUGUGUUGACUUUC